AGUUAGUCAACCCACCUACGACGCCAUCUUGGCGAGGGCACCACCAACACCGCCAACUCUAUAACUGCGCAACUUCCAAACGCCUCACGCCCGCACAACAUCCAAGACAAAUACCCGACAUCAACCCGACAGCUCGACGACUCAACUUUCCGGGGGCCAGCGGUUGCCCCUCGCCCUCGCCCCGCAAAGCAAAUCUCGAUUACCUAACAAAUAACCACACCGACUGCGACUCGACUGCGACUGGACGCACCAACCUGGAUUGCUCACGAUCCAACACAGCGCUGUAGUGGGAGGAUGCGCGUGAGUGCUGUACGGCGGGCUGGGAACUGUAUGCCGGGAAACUCGAGGACUGCGCAAUAAUUACGAGCUUCCAUUCUCCAACCCGCCUGGCCAGGAACCGGCUGUCGCUCAGGGCUAGCCGUGACGCCGUCGUUCGUCGAACGUCUCGAAAGCCACUCCGGCUUGUCCUUGUAAACCAGCGACGAUGGCUCCGGCUGCGCCGCCCGCGGGCGGGGGUGGAAAUAUCAAGGUGGUGGUCAGAGUUCGUCCCUUCAACGGGAGAGAACACGACCGAGGCGCAAAAUGUAUCGUGGAGAUGAAAGACAACCAAACGGUCCUGACGCCGCCGACCGACAACAAGGCGGUCAAGGACCACGGCCAGAAGGUCUUCGCAUUCGACAAGUCGUACUGGUCCUUCGACAAGGCCGCGCCAAACUAUGCGGGCCAGGACAACCUCUUUACGGACAUGGGCAGGCCGCUUCUCGACAAUGCCUUCCAGGGAUACAACAACUGUAUUUUCGCCUACGGCCAGACCGGUUCGGGCAAGUCGUACUCGAUGAUGGGGUAUGGAAAGGACGCCGGUAUCAUCCCGAACAUUUGCCAGGAUAUGUUCAGGAGGAUCGGGGAGAUGCAACAGGACAAGAACCUGCGCUGCACCGUCGAGGUGUCGUACCUCGAAAUCUACAACGAGCGGGUGCGCGACCUGUUGAACCCGGCAAACAAGGGCAACCUGAAGGUCCGAGAGCACCCUUCCACCGGGCCUUACGUGGAGGAUUUGGCGAAGUUGGUGGUUGGAAGUUUUCAGGAAAUCGAGAACCUGAUGGACGAGGGUAACAAGGCCAGAACGGUGGCGGCAACCAACAUGAACGAGACGUCGAGUCGAAGUCACGCCGUGUUCACUCUGAUGCUAACCCAGAAGCGCUUCGACCCCGAGACGAAGAUGGCUAUGGAGAAGGCAGCCAAGAUCAGCCUCGUCGAUUUGGCCGGUUCGGAAAGAGCGACAUCCACAGGCGCAACCGGAGCUCGUCUCAAGGAAGGCGCCGAAAUCAACCGCUCUCUUUCCACCCUCGGCCGUGUCAUCGCAGCAUUGGCAGAUCUUUCCACUGGCGUCAAGAAGAAGAAGGGCGCGGCAGGACAGGUUCCCUACAGAGAUAGUGUUCUCACAUGGUUAUUGAAGGACUCCCUCGGAGGUAACAGUAUGACAGCCAUGAUCGCCGCCAUCAGUCCGGCGGACAUCAACUACGAUGAAACACUGAGCACGCUGCGGUACGCCGACUCUGCGAAACGCAUCAAGAACCACGCGGUCGUCAACGAAGACGCCAACGCUCGCAUGAUUCGCGAACUCAAGGAAGAAUUGGCCCUCCUCCGCGGCAAGCUGGGCGGUGGAGGCGGUGCUGGCGGAACGCCCGUUCCUGCCGAGGAGGUGUACGCAGAAGGCACGCCUCUGGAAAAGCAAAUCGUCAGCAUCACGCAGUCUGAUGGCACUAUCAAGAAGGUUUCAAAGGCAGAAAUUGCGGAGCAACUAGACCAGAGCGAGAAGAUUCUCCAGGACCUCAACCAAACGUGGGAGCAGAAACUUGCCAAGACGGAAGAAAUCCACAAAGAGCGAGAAUCUGCGCUCGAGGAGCUGGGAAUCAGCAUCGAGAAGGGCUUCAUCGGCAUGUCCACGCCCAAAAAGAUGCCUCACUUGGUAAAUCUUUCAGACGACCCCCUCCUGGCGGAGUGCCUGGUCUACAACCUGAAACCUGGCGCGACUACGGUCGGCAACGUCGAGUCCAACGCAGACCACCAGGCUAACAUUCGUCUGAACGGCUCGAGAAUCCUCCACGAGCACUGUACCUUUGAUAAUGCGGCAGAUGGGACGGUCACAGUUGUCCCGAAGGAAGAAGCAGCGGUUAUGGUGAACGGAAAGCGAGUCACGGAGCCGACGAGACUACACUCGGGGUACCGCAUUAUCUUGGGCGACUUCCACAUUUUCCGAUUCAAUCAUCCGAUGGAAGCGCGCGCAGAACGGGCAGAAAGGCAAGAGCAAAGUCUCCUGCGCCAGUCCAUCACCGCAAGCCAACUGCAGGCGCUGGAGAGAACAUCGCCGUCACCAAGCCCAAGGCCGGGGCACGAGAGGAGUCUAAGCACAGCCAUUUCCGACUUCAGUGACAGCCGCCCCGACUCGCCGUUCCAGCGCGGCGGAAAGGAGUCCGACUGGUCCUUUGCGCGCAGAGAAGCGGCGCCCGCGAUCCUCGGCACAGACCAGAACUUUACCAAGCUGACUGACGAGGAGCUUAAUGCGCUCUUCGAAGACGUCCAGCGGGCCAGGGCAGAGCGUGUCAACGGCCGGGACGGCGACGAAGACAUGGAGUCGAUGGCCUCGUACCCGGUCAGGGAGAAGUACCUGUCCACCGGCACCCUCGACAACUUCUCGCUCGACACGGUCCUGACCAUGCCGUCCACCCCUAAGCAGGGCGAGACCGAGGACCGGCUGCGCGAGAUGCGUGAAGAGAUGCAGAGUCAGCUGGAGAAACAAAAGGACGAGUACCGCGACCAGCUCAAGACCGCCGAGGCGGCGAAUGUCGAGGUCGAGGAGAUCAAAAAAGAGAAAGUCCGCAUGGAGGAGACGCUGGUCCAAAUCAAGGCCGACAUGCAAAAGCAGCUCGAGGUUCAGCGGCGCGAGUUUGAAGCCAAGAUUGAGAAGCUAGACCCGCUAAAACGCCCAAAGGCGAACCCGAAGCUGUCCGAGGACGAGAUCGAGCGGGCCAAGGUCGCGGUGAAGCACUGGCGGAGCCGGCAUUACGUACGGAUGGCCGAGGCAGUCUUGCAACAUGCUGCCACGCUCAAGGAAGCCCAGAUCAUGAGCCACGAGCUGGACGAACACGUCGUCUUCCAGUUUGCCGUGGUUGAUAUUGGCCACAUGCUGUGCUCCUCUUAUGACAUGGUUCUUAAUGGGCUAACCGGUGAGGGCGACGAUAUCGCGCUCGAGGAGGCACCGAAGCCAUGCAUCGGGGUCCGCGUCAUCGAUUACAAGCACGGGGUUGUCCACCUCUGGAGCAUCGAGAAGCUCCAUGACCGAGUCAGGCAGAUGCGGCAGAUGUACCAGUAUCUGGAUCAACCAGAGUAUGCCCAACACCUGAGCCUCGACAACCCGUUUAUCGAGACCUGCAUGCCGCAGUACACCCUAGUCGGCGAGGUUGAUGUGCCCCUGAAAGCUGUCUUUGAGAGCCGGGUUCAAGACUUUACCCUUGACGUCUUCUCUCCCCAUACGUCGCACGCCAUUGGCAUCAUCAAGCUCGCGCUCGAGCCGUCCAGUGCGCGGGCGCCGUCUAACACGCUGAAGUUUAACAUCGUCAUGCACGAGAUGGUCGGCUUUGCGGAGCGCGAGGGCACCGAGGUGCACGCACAGCUCUUCAUCCCCGGCAUUUCCGAGGACGGCAUCACCACGACGCAGAUGAUCAAGGACUUUGACGAGGGCCCGAUCCGGUUCGAGAGCGUUCAUAGCAUGAGCGUGCCGCUGUUCGCGCCCCCGCAAACGACGCUGCGCGUGGCCAUCUUCGCCAAGGUGUCGGCCAUGCAUCUGGAUAAGCUCCUCAGCUGGGACGAUAUGCGGGACGGCGUUCCUCGCUCGCGGGGGAAGAAGCGCGCCAGGAUAAGCGAGGCGCACUUCUUUACGGAGGAGAAACAUGACUUGCUGGCGCGGAUUCAGGUACUCGAGAUGAACGAGGAGGGCGAGUACGUCCCCGUGGAAGUCAACCAGACCAGCGAGCUGGACGGGGGGACGUUCCAACUGCAUCAGGGGUUGCAGCGGCGCAUUGCCAUCAAUCUCACUCACAGCUCGGGCGAUGCGCUGCCGUGGGACGAUGUCGCAGACAUGCGCGUCGGCAAGGUUCAGUUGCUGGACAGCGCAGGCAAGACGCCCGACAUGGGCUCCGUCACUCCGGACAUCCCGCUGAAGCUCACGUCCGAGCCCACGUUCCACACCAACGCGAACGGCACCCGGAGCGUCGCCGUGGUUGGGCAGUGGGAUUCCAGCUUGCACAAGUCACUGCUCCUCGACCGGGUCACGGCGGAUAAGUACCGCGUGCAAAUGACGGUUUCGUGGGAGAUCAGCUCCGAGAAGUUGGCUGAGCCGAUGAAGUUCUCGAUGAACGUCUGCUGCCAGAUCCUGUCGCGGUCCUUCAUCCGGCAGACGUCCAUGUUCUCUUCGCUAUUUCAGCACGUCCGCAUCGUCCACUCGACAACCGGCAUAUUUACGCUGCAGAUGCGGCCGGCGCCGAUCAAGCGGGUGGGCGAUCUGUGGCGCAUGAACAGCCAGCACGACUACGUCAAGGGCGAGGAGAACCUGACAGCCUGGACGCCGCGCGGCGUGUCGCUCGUGGCCGACUACAUCAGCUCGCGGAAGAGGAAGCAGAUGAUGGCCGAGAUUGCGGCGGUGCAAACGUUCCUCAAGAAGAUUGGUUUCCAGGAUGAAGCCAACGGCCUCGAAGAGCCCGAAAGCGCAGACCUGCUGCCCCCGCCCGUCAACUCAGAUGCCGACUCCAUCGCGGAGCUUCUGAAAGAUGACACGCCUGAACCUUCCCCAACCACAUCCCCCGAACCUACGGAAGCGAACGGGCAGGCCGAGGGCAACAUCCCCCAACCCUCCGAGAACGGCAACGAAGAACAAACCACAACCACCCCCUCUUCCCCUCCCGAAGAACCACAACCCAGCCAACCUCAACAAACAGACCAGGCAGACCACCAAACCCACCUCCUAACCCGCUGCCUACAACUCUGGCAGCGCUACCCCGACCCCUCCCUGCAAAUCCUCUCCCCGCGCAACACGGACCCGCCCGAGGACGGCGUGGCUCCGCCAUCCGGCGACCCGACCCCCUCGGCACGCGCACCCACGCCCGCAGCACCACCACCACCACCACCACAGCCGACGUCGGUGGCGACGGUGGUGCGCGUGCCCAAGAACCCGGCCGUGCUCCGCGGCGGCUACCUGCUCGUCCCCAACGCCGACGCCACCCGCUGGGUCAAGCGCUUCGUCGAGCUGCGCCGCCCCUACCUGCACGUGCACUCCGUGUCGGCGGGCGAGGAGGUCGGGGUGGUGAGCCUGCGGAAUGCGCGGGUGGAUAGCCAGCCGGGGAUUUUGGGGUUGUUGAAUUUGAAUGGGGGGGGUUACGGUGGUGGGAAUGGGGGUGGUGGGAGUGGUGGUGGGAGUGGUGGCGGGAGUCAGAAUGGGGGUGGUGGGGGUGGGGAUGGGGAUGGCGGUAGUAGCAGCGGAUUCGGCACGCCGCGCAGGGAGCUGUCGCCGUCGCCGUCCCGGUCGCCGAACCCGCUGCCGCAGGGCGGGACGGGGCGGCUGAUUGCCUCGCUCUGGCCGGGCGGCGGCAACGCUGGCAGCAAUGGUACUGGCGCCUCUCCCAACGGUGCGGCUGCGCCAGGCGGUGGCGGCGGCGGCGGCGGUGGUGGUGGUGGAGGGAUCAGCAGGCUCAGCGAGCGACUGCAGGCGGGGGUGUUUGCUGUCUAUGGGACGGAUAAUACCUGGCUGUUUGCGGCGCGCAGCGAGCGGGAUAAGAUGGAUUGGAUUGUCAAGAUCGACCAGAGCUUUGCUAUGGGGAGUGCCACGGCGAGUGGGAACGCCAGUGGUACGGGGAGUCCCGGGUUUGGGGCGUGGUGAGUGUCCCGGUUUGGGGAGGGGUUGCUAGGG